GUCAACCUGAGCCGAUGCGAUAUUAGCAUUGAUAGUUCGAUGCCCUUAAAUAAACCAGUUUCAAAAAGAAUGUUCUUAGUUUUCCACCGAUCCUGUCAUGGUAACAAUGGACGCUUUUGGUUUUAUACUGUUCUUUUUGCUCGGAUUCGGAGGAGCAUCUAGCGAGGAGAACGAUUUGAAUAACGAGACAGCCAAUUCGACAGAGUCAUUCGUCGAAAUAUCGUUUAUCGUUAAGAAAAAAGGGGGCAACGAAUUCCCGGUCAAAAUAACCAGCACUACCGAGUACUUGAAGAGCGUUUUUGACCCCGAGGCGAAGACGAAAUUCAUUGUACACGGAUGGCUCAGCAGCAAAACAUCCUACAUAGUUGAAAACACAGCACAACAGUAUGUUAAAUUCCAAGGAGGUAAUAUAGUUGGAGUCGAUUGGUCUCCGUUAGCAUCUUGGAAGAUGUACCCGAUAUCAGCGUAUCAAGUUGAUUACGUGGGAACAGCCAUCGCUGCUAUGGUGGACAGAUUGGUUGAAGAAAAGUUGACGACUCUCGACAAGGUCCACCUCAUAGGACACAGCCUCGGGGCACAUGCCAUGGGCAUCGCCGGGUCGAAGGUCAAAGGAGGCAAAGUCUCCAGAAUCACAGGGCUCGAUCCGGCCAACCCGGGCUUCGAGAAUGUAGUCUCGGAAACAGCUCGAUUGGACAAGGAAGACGCCGAGUUCGUAGAUGUCAUACAUACAGCGGCCGGGUAUGCAGGGUACUACUCGGCAAUCGGGCACGUGGACUUUUAUCCAAAUGGAGGAUCGUCCCCGCAGCCCGGUUGCUUUGAAUUGUCCGAUCUGUUUAAACUUGUUGGCUGUAGCCACAGUAGGUCUUACGAAUAUUUUGGUGAGAGCAUCGAACACCCAAAAGGCUUCAUAGCAGUCAAAUGCGAAUCAUGGGCAAAAUUCACGGAAGGUGCAUGCUCUAAGAAUACAAGAAGCUUCAUGGGAGACCCGACUUCGACGAGCACCCGUGGAGUCUACUAUCUGAAGACAAGUGAUAAAUUUCCAUAUGCACGAGGGAAAAAUGGAAUUAAGCCUUAACAUUCUCUUCUA